AAAGGUGCUUUACAGUCCAUUUACCAUGAAUAGCCUAUUAAAUUUUGAUUUUGGAUUUUCGCAUGCUUGGGGGAAACUUAAGACAAAUAAAUUGAAUAUGGAAAAACCAAAUAAUUAAAAAAAAGUGUAGUAUUUUUAGUGGAGUGUGUUUUCAGUGUCAGGUCCUACUUUUCUAAGUUGGGUGUGGGGUGGAUUAUGGGGUUUUGACACAAAGCCUCAGUAUUACAACAAGACUAGGUCGAAACCUAGUGUAUGGCUGGCCCAUGUAUGGUCAAUGUGCUAAAUUGUGGCCAAAUUGUUACAUGGACAGUCAGUGGUAGUGUCUAUAACAUGAAUUAGUAUCUCAGUCAAUCAGUGGAACUGCUGUAAAAGCCUCCUGAGGACCUAAUUCAUUUUAGAAACAGCAAAGGCCAGUGUGGAAACUCCAAUGCUUGGGACAGACUUUUAGGGCUGGCCCAGCUUUGCUGUGGUCCAGCCCCAAAUCCUGUCUAUAGACCUGUAGCCUACUUGAGUAAAUGUAGCAUCCUUAGAGACCACAUCAUUUUCAGACAUUUUCUGACUUGUCCAGACAUGGAGACACCCCGUUAUUGUCAUGUUGUUGUGUCCCAGGGAAUACUUUUAUUUUGAAAAACACAGCUCGCUCUGAGGGGAGGUCUCCGUUGCUGCACGCUUGACUGUGUUGAUCCCCUGGAAGAGGCCGCAGACGGACACAGCGCGGCGGGGCUGGAUCACGUUUCCUCAGGAAGGAACGAGCUUUCUGUCAGACGGUCCGGAGGAGUUGGUGAAGACAGCUGUGUGUCCUUUCCCCAGCCCUCUGGGAAUAUGUUGGAUGGUUGGGUUUGUUUACACCCUGGAGACUGUUCAUCCCAAACGAUCAGGAUGUUCUGUGUCCUCAAAUUAUGACCAAGUUGCAACAGGAUCCGAGAUAUACAGGCAAGUUUGCAAAAGUCCCCGGCUGCUGGACUGCUGAAUGAGAAUCCCAGAGAAGCGCUCCGGUGUGUUGAUGAGGCGUCUGCAGGCGGAGCAGCUGCUGUGUCCGGGUCAGUGUGCCCGCUGAGCUGCGGUGCUGUCGCGGAAUGCAGCAGCACGGCCGGGCAGACGCAUUCCUGUCUGUCUGCAGCCUCCUCACAGCGCGCACAGUUCUAGGGCUGAUAGUAGCCUGCGGCACGGCACGGCUCGGCACGGCACGGCAGUCCACGGCUGCCCAUCGUUAAGUCCUCUGACAGGGUGUAACCAGGAGCAAAAGCUCUGGACUGACCUGUGCCAUGAAGACCCAGAAGACCCGAGGUGUUACAACAACUUCACCUUCCUGCCGACGGAAGUCUCGCUUCACCUUACGAGGCAGAAACAAGAAAGACGGUGUGGUCCAAGGCAGGCUUCGCAUCCGCUCCAUGCCUGGAGUUUUCCUGGUGCUGGGGGUCAUCGUGGUGGUUGUUGGCACAGCUCUGGCUGUGGCGGGAUACUGGCCCUACCGGAUAUCGCGAUCAUCCAUCCUGGGAGCUGCAGAGGGGGAAAGUAUCUCUGAGUCGCAGACUUCUGGCUGGAGUCUGGGAGCUAAGGGCCUCCUAUCCACAGCCAGCCUCAUCCACAGUGAACGGAUGAAGCUGCUGGGACCUGUCAUCAUGGGGGUGGGACUCUUCAUCCUCAUAUGUGCCAACACAGUCCUGUACGAGAACAGGGACAGAGAAACUCAGAUGCUGUUGGCUCAGAUGCGCAGUGUAAUCUGCUCUGUGUCUGCAGCUGUGCCCUCAGCAGACCUUAAAGAAAUAGCAGCAGCCAACUCGAUGGCAAAACACUACCAGUGGGUAAACAGUUUACCAGCUGCCCAUCUCAACAUCCUCUGUUUGCAGCAGCUGGCCAGCUCUGAGCCCCUGCUCCAGACCACACACCCCAGAGACCAAGAAGACAGCAGGGAGGGCUUCUACCAGCAAGCUGUUCUCCACCACCAGGAGUCGGAGCCUGCGCCUUGCCUCCACUCCUCCCACUCCAUCUCAUGUAAUUCCUGUCCGACAGACUUUAACACACAGGCUAGUGCUGAGCUCAGGGGCAGUUCCAGUUUCAAUCCACAGCCUGCUCCACUUGUCAAGCUCAACAACUGCCUGGUGUCUGCCAGCUCCAUGUCCACCCUGGGGGUGGACAAGGUAGAUAUACCAGGUGCUCAGUCAAGGCGCUGCCACAGUAUGAGCUACAGGACUAACCCUUACAUAGCCCAAACUGGUGUGCGUCUGGAGGAAGGACUCCACACACCUGGAAUGCAGGGUCAAAUAAAUCAGCUGUUAGUCACGAGGAGAGAGGCUAGGUCACAGGUUAGCGUGAACAUCCCCAGGCAGGUCGUGAAUGCCGCAGAGGAGCAAACUCACCGAAGCUGGCCUCGGCUAGACCUGGGCAGUGGGAGACGAUACCUGAAACUAGAGAACAAAGAGGACUCAGUGGACAAACUGCUGGACCAGUUAGAGCAGCAGUGUACUCAGUGGGAUAAGAGUUUUGGCUCUGGGCCUUUCCAGUGAUAGCUGCUUUAGCUUCACAGCCCUGAGGGUACUUCAAGAUACAAAAACCCUGACAACCAAGGAUUAAUGAUAUUUUUCCCUGGAUUCUAAAACUGCCCUAAAUUUUUGGUUUUAAAUUCUGUGUGGGGCAGAGAGAAUCUGAGCCCUGGAUCAUUUGGAGUACAGUAUUUCUCACAAGGAUUGCUCAUUCUCAAUCUUAAAUGGAAUAUUGAGACACAGGGGUUAUGGUCUUUGCUUGGCUAGAUUUGGCAGAUGUUUUAUAUAACUGAAGGAGAGUAUAUACAGACCCUACACUGUCACAGAUGAGUGAAGCAAUUUGACAGACUUCUGCAAUUUGGGUUGGCAGCAAUGCAAGAAAUCCACUUGUAUCUCGAUGCCAAAAUGGGGUUGCCUGUUUCCAGGACACAGUGUGCACAACCUAGUGAAGGAGCGAUAGACUUGUGCAGGAGAACAGGGGAUUGGUUUCACUGUGCAAUUGAUUUUUAACCAAACUACCUGGACUCCUGAGCCUAUAAAGUGCUAACAGCUCUUGACAAAUGCAACCAGUAUAUAAAAAUGAGACUUUUUUUUUACUCAGCUGAGGUCCCAUACUCCAAAUGUAAUGCAUGGAAGUGAUGCACAGUAUGUUACAUCUUAAUACUUAUGCAGAGUAAUGUCAUUGAUGGUUUUAUGUGUAUAAGAAGUAAUGAUAGUUAAAGAAUAAUUUUCCUUUAUAUUCUUAGGCUUGGCCAUUAUUUCUACAUCAGUUAUGUUAACAUUGUACUCACCAAGUUAAUUGCUGAGAUCUGGGAACACAAUGACAUUACUACAACUGUCUGUCUCUAAACUGUAAUGAAUGUUUGUAAUGGAAAGUUUGGGUAAAAAUUAUACUUUAUUUUCUUUGUUUGCUUUGUUUUCUUAUGGACAGAUUAUCAUGACCAUGAGUCCUGGGCACUAUUUUCACUCAGGGCCCUUACCAACAGGCAUACACACCCAUGUGUGACCCCCAGCACACAGGACAUCAGUGCACAACAGCACAUGGCCAAGUAACCCUCACACACCAUGUGGUAGCCUAUAUUGCAAUUAUGUAAAUUCUUUCGGUAUAUUAUGUCAACCACAUUUUGUUUUGCUCUUCAUACACCAUUAAACUUUAUUUAUCUUUAAGGGUCAAAACAAAAGCCAUAUGUGAAUAAUGAGUGAGUAAAUAAAACAUCACCCUACUGCUAGCUGUGAAAGAAUAUAUAAAUGAGAAUCAAAUGUACAGAGCCAAAGCUACGACCACACUGCUAAACACAGCACAAAACGGCAGAAACUAAAUAUUCUACGUAGACCUCAGCCCUCUUUAAAGAGAAGACAUCGAAGUCCAACUCCUGGAUGAGGUCUGAGUCAGUGAUAGCAUAUUCAGGUGUCUUUGUGUCAUCCAUGUAAUAACCUUAGUUCAGUAGUUAAGUAUUUUUCAUAGUGGUGUUUAAUCCUUGACAUUUUGUGAAAAGGAAUAUUCUCCAUUACAGUUGCUAACAGGAAGGGUCAGACACAGAUAGUCAAGGAAGAUAAUUGCUAAAAAAUACUGUACAUUAAUAAACAUUUAAAAUGUCCUCAUAGCUGCGUAGCAUACAUUACAUUGUGUUAUAAACCAUUUAUUAAAUAUGUGUAUACUGCUUAUGAAUGCUAAAUAGGGGGACUUAAAGUAACGUGGUGUUGUUGGUGUGAUUUUCUGACUACUUGUGUUUCGUGACCUGUCUGACUUUCUUUUUAUUGAUGUCACUGUGCUCCCAGAUCUCAGCUAUUAACUUGGUGAUUACAAUCUUGUUAUUACUAGUAAGAAAGAUGGCCAAAACUAUGCAAAUAAGACCCAAAAAAUGGAAUUAUCCUAGAUAAUGAAGGAAACUUUCUCUUUGUUGUUCUUCUUGUGAUUGGUGCAGUAUUAGCUUGUAAUGAAUCAAUGUUACUGCAUACAGAUGGGCAUGUGUCAUAGAGGGAAGAGAAUAUGAAUCAGAGUCUCAUGGGCUCCCCUGUUUCCUGCCCCCAACACCAUGUGCUGAUGUGCAGAGGCGACCCCUACAUGUUUGAAACAACAGUCUUACUCUGGUUUUCUUUCUGUCUGUGCUGUCUGUUCUGUAUGCCAUGUGUGACACUGUGUGUUCUAAAUGUAUACCAAGCAAUAUGAGAGGUCUGACAGAACAAUCAAAGGCUGUGUCUUGCCCUGUGUUGACCACUGAAAUAAACAACAUUGCCAUGCCUGUGUUGCAAAUAUAAGGCAAAGCAAAAGCAGCUCCUGUUUGCUGUCAUCUCAUGUAUUCAAGCUGUCAAGGUAAUGGCACCUGGUUGUAUAUGUAUGCAGCAUGUAAUCAUCUCUCCACGCUUGCUACUCAAGAACCCAUUCCUCACCCCAAAGUAGACUUUGCAUUUCAUCCAUAUUUCUCAGGCUGAAAACAACCAGCUGGGAUCUGAACCAGUGAGGCCCACAUGAAAAUGUCAGAAUACAAUUUUUUUCUCUCUCCUGCUCCUAAGCUUGAUAUAUUCUGAUGUGGUCCUGAGCAGGAAUGGGCUGGAGGGGCAGGGGGGAAUUCCCCAGCUGCAAUUAUCCUCAGCAGAGCCUCCUGUACGCUCUAAAAUUUCCCCUUAUUAUUAGAUUUUGUGGUUCCUUCUGGGCAGGUAUGCAGUCCCUCGCAAUCUCAUUUCAUUUAAUUGGUCUUGUACAAGAUGGCUUCUGGGUUGCUCAUAAAGUUAGCAGACAGGACCUCUGCCCUCUGCGGCAAAAGCACAGGAAGGUAGAAGAUUACAUUUCUGCAGGAGGGCAAAAAGGUGCAGAUGUGAAAAAUUCGGGGAUCAUCUUACAGCCUUUGUGCCAGACAUCAGCUGAUCUGUUAAGCUUUCACCACACUGCCAACCAAAACAACUAAAUUAGGAACGAGAGGUUUCUGUAAUGAAUGGCUCUAUUGAUUCAAGAUGCAGAAAGGAUCAUUUGGACUGGCACAUAAUUGUUGCUGUCUAUUAGCUAAUAUACCCAAUGCACUAGUAUCUGGCAUGCAGGGAUUAGUAAAACAGUGGUAUCUGCAGAAUAAGGCAAGAAGGAAAAUUCAAGCCACUGUAAGUUGACUUUCAUACUGCAGUGAAACUAGUGGCUGCAUGGAAAAAGGAAAGAAAACACAAACGAACAUCUAAAAUAUGAUAACGUGCUUUGAACAGAACCAGUAAGCACUGAUUUGGUGAUAUCCUGUUUAACUAAUCAAUUUCUAUUCAAUUCAAUGUAUUUAUUUAUAUAGUGCCAAUUCAUAACAGAAGUUAUAUACCAGCCAACAUAUAGUGCCAAAGUCAAUGCAAGAUAUUUCAGAAAGCCUGCGAGCCAAAAUAUGGGGCUGCAUGUAGUUGAAAUCUGAUGAGAAAUCAACAAAGCAUAAGCGUAAAAGCGUCUUCUUACCAUCCAGGUGCCCAACAACAAAAUUCAGCAAUGUUGCUGUGGCAUCCUCUACCCCCUUCCUUGUUUGAUACGCAAAUUGGAGUGGAUCAAUUACGCUCUGUGUCAUGGCCAGUAAGUUCCUCUUCAAUAUUAGUUGCAAACUUUUCAUAACUAGAGAGGUAAGCGCCACAGGGCGAUAAUCAUUCAACACCUUUGUUGAUGGAACCUUGGACACUGGAACAACAAUGGAUUCUGUCCAUAACAUGGGGACUUUAUUUUGUGAUAAAGAGAGCUGGAAAAUAAAUGUAAAAAUGCCACAUAAGAAUAAAGCACAGUUUUUGAGCAGUCGGCCGCUGAUGCAGUCAGGCCCAUGACUUUUCCUCACAUUUGUCUGUUCAAGAUUUCUCCAGACAUCCAUUUCAUCAAUCUGAAUCUGACUGCCCUCUGAAGCAACUCUAAAUUCGGCCAGUUCAUUACUAAAAUCAUGGGAAUCAAAUCUCAAGUAAAACUGGUUUAACUCAGACUUAUUAGGGUUUUUUAUUGUCCUGAAUUCCCACCAUAGAUUUGAUUCUCCUCCAGACGCAGUGAGAAUUGCCAUUCUUUAGUUCAUCCUCAUCCAAAUAACAACAAGAAGUAACAAGAAUAUGCAGUUAAAAGAUAAGGUAGUUUACGCUUCACUGUGCAGAAUAAUGUAUAUGCAGAAUUUGACACUAGAAGGCUGUUUUCACAUUCAUCUGCUGAACCUUAAAUCUCAGUUUAAUAUUUAGUAUGCAACUUACACAUGUGAUGUGGAACUUGAAGCCUGCAGGUCACAUACACUGAGAAUGGACUUUUCAGUGAAGUAGGAGACUUCUUGUGUCCAGCAGUUAAACAUUUGAACAAUGAUGAACAAUAUUUGCAUAUUCAUAAGUGUAUAUUUUUACAUGAGGGAGAAGAAGUAAGUGUCAAAGUUUAAGUAGUUGAUUGAACUUUUUUGUGGAAAAACCAUCUCAGGCACAAAUUAUUAUUCAAGCAUGUUUGGACCUCUCCAAACAUUGAAAUGCAUGCUUUUGACAUCAGGGUGACAGACUUUUAAAAGGUAGAUUGGACGUCAGAAAUUAUUUACAAAAAAUUCCUCCUUCUCUUUGGUGCCCCUCCAGCUAUGCCUAAAAAUGCCCCUGCAAGAAUCAGAGAGUUUAAAAAUAAGAAAGCUUGAGUUGAAGUAAAGUUACAAUUUGCAGCUAUUAAUUCAAAGAAGGUCCUUUAUCGUAUAACCCAUCUCAGACUCAAUAUGCAUUUUUGGGUGGAAUGGGCUAGAAUAUGCAGUACAAGUGUGCCUCAAAAUGUUGUGGUAUCUCACCGUUAAGACCCAAUACACAGUUCUUAGCCCCAGCUAGAGAGCAUUUAAAAAUUAUUUUCUAACAGCUUAAGAAUGUCGACCGGAAAUUCUGUAAAUGAGGACUGCCCCACAUGCAGUACGAAAGGUUCGUCUUAUCUCUGCCCGGCAGCUGUAGUGAAACUUUUCAGAUGAGUGCAUUCCAAGUUUCUCUGGACUGCUUAAGGGUUGAUCUUCUCUUUAAUUCUCUAGAUGUUUGGAUUAAUAACUCAGAGGUAGUAAGUAGGCAUCUAGGCUCGCCCAGACUAUGCAGAUUUGCCAUCAGAACAGGCACCAAUCAGACAGACAGACACUGUGGAGGUUUCUCUGGCUAUAAUCAGUGGUCAGGCCUGUAGACAUCCAGCCACUCACAGGCUGUCCUGUACAGCUGAGGAAUUAAUGACAAUGCAGUAAUUAGAGAGAAUGUUUGCCACAAUAAUAAAGACAGAAAAUGGCUUCAUCUGCAGGGGAUUCAGUGUGGUCCUGUUAUACAAGCUCCUUAGAAGCUUAGAUUGCACUACUGUUUGUUAUAAUUUUGUGUUUUUGUUAUUAACGUAUUUUUGAUGCACCUCUCUCCUCUCUCCUCCUCGCCAUCUGUAUGCAUUUUUAUCCCAUUAAUGCAUGUUACUAACUCGACAUCUCUCUCCUGUAGUUUUGUGCUUUCUUGUUCCUCUCUCCUUCUGUCGCUUUCAGCAGGUAUAUCUGCCUCCGGAUCUGCAGAGUCUGGAUGUGGGCCACCUGCUGCCCCCGUGUUCCUGCUCGACACUGCUACUAUAGUUAACAGGCUCCCGGAUGGAAAAAUGACCCCGUACCCAAAGAUGUGAAUGCUCUGGAUGGAAGACUCCUGGCUAGGAUUACCCAUACCAAGGCACCCUGAACCUCAUCCUCUCUGGCAAUCACAUGGAACAUAAUUAUGAUGUGCGUAACCAGGAGUUAUUAGCUGUGGUGUUGGCAUUGGAGGAGUGGAGGCACUGGUUGGAAGGGAAUGAACAACCAUUUAUGGUCUGGACCGAUCAUAAAAACCUCUCUUACCUCCAUUCCAGGCUGAACCCUCGCCUGGCAUGAUCCUGAGAAGUCCGGUGUUGAGCCUGAACCCAUUCUCCCUCCAUCCUGUCUGGUGGCUGCUGCUACAUGGGAGAUUGAGACAGUGGUCAGAGAAGCCCAACGUUCACACUCAGACCCAGAUUAGGGCAGAGUUCAAGAGAGAGUCAUCACCACAAACCUUCUCGUAUCUUUUCUCGAGGACUUGAUGGCCUGGUCCAAGUCUGCCACACUACAUAUCUGAAGAUCCAUCAGACGUUAUCGGGAUGUGUGAUGCUCAUGCAAGUUGGCCUACCUGGUUAUGAGGGUUCGGAACAUGAUGCCUUUCCACGUGAGCUCAGUGUGGCAGUUGUGGUCGAGGAGACCAUUGUGCUACACAACUUCAAAGCUGUGCCAUGCAGCUUUGCCAUGCUUAUGGGCAUUAUCUACUGUGUGGAGCUUGAGUAUCCACAAUCCAUGAAGUAUUCUUUUCUACAGAGAGUGGUGAUGAAGAUCAAACCAGACUAAGCCUCUGUCCAAGUACAUGGAUUAAGGAACAAACUCUCAGGUACAAACUGUAAAACAUAUGUCUACUUGGUUGUUGACUGGAAGUAUGUUUCCUAAUUAACAUGCACGCCAAGUCGAAUGCAUAGAAUCAUACACUCAAACGUAUGCAGUGAAGAAAUGGACAGAAGACAUUUCACAUUCCACAGUUUCUCAUGUGGAAAGUGUUCCUGUUAAGAAAUGUUCUUUUUUUUAUACACAAGCAAACUUUCAGCACAGUCUCUCACUUCAACACACUCACUCACACAGACACACACACUUACUCGAACACACACACACUCCUAUGUGUAGUGAGUAGGUCACUACAAGAAUUAAAUAGAUAGGAAAAGAGUAUCAGGGUUCCCACGGGUCCUUGAAAUCCUUGAAAGUUUGUGAAUUUGAGGGGAAAAAAUCAAGGCCUUUUUGAAAAUGGAUAUAAAUAGACAUGGGUCAUUGAAAGUGCUUGAAUUUAUAUAUUUUGUACAAGAAUAAAAAUUAAAGUUCUUUUGAUUUUUUUUAACUUAAAGUAACAUCACUGUAACAACUGAGAAGUGUUCACACAUUCAAGCCAUUCUCUUUUUAAUUGUUAUGUGUGAGCUUCUGUAAAGUCCUUCUAGUUCUCAUUAUAAAAAUUCUCAGUGUAACAGUUAUUAACCUUGAUCCGUGUCUCAAACUAUACCAUGUUGGAUCCUUGAAUUUCAGGCAUUGGGCCUGGAAAGUCCUUGAAUUUGAUGUUUGGAUGAAGGUGUGGGAACCAUGGAGUAUUCUAAAUGUGAGAUAAAAGCACUGUGAUAUUGAUCCCCUUCAUUUUGUUGGAGUGAUUGAACUUAUUGUGUCUGUUGAUGGUGUGAAACAAUACUGUCCUUAACAGACAGGUUUUCACGCAUGUAAAGGCUUUCCGCCUGAUUGUAAUGAGAUGAUGAUAGGGAUUUUCUUGCUUAACAAAUACUAUAUGUUUUGUGAAAUGUUAAAUGCACUUAUGCAAACCUUAAGCACAUAGUCUCAGGAUUUAAAGCAGUUUAUUUUGUAAAUGUGAGAGGAAAAACACAGGAGACACACAAGACCAGGUUUUGUUGGACUCAUUAUAAUGAGAGUUGAUGGUCUCGACUGUUUUCUGCUUAGGUGGACGAUUUUCUUUAACAUAUACUAUAUGUUUUGUGAAUGUUAAAUGCACCUACUCAAACCUUUUUAAAGGGACAGUUCACCCCAAAAUCAAAAAUAAAUUUUUUUCUCUUCCUGUA